AUGGAAACCGCAAGUCGCAAGCAGACCUCGAUCGCGUGGAAGCGGAAGAAUCAGGAAGUAAACCGGAACCAGAAAGCAAAAGCCACGGGUGUUACCUUCUAUCGUUUCAUUUCCCAUUCCCUCCCGCUGCUGCUGCGCGUGUGGAGCUCAAGUAAGAAACAAGAGUCAUGCGCCGACCCGGUCUCCCAGUCUCUGUACGACGGUCUUCGGCGCGAAAACGAGGCGCAUGAGCACGAGACGAGCACGAGACAAGACAAGACCAAUCAACCCAGUAAACCGACCAAGAAUGAAUUAGAGGGCCAUACUUCCGUAGCUUCUAUAGACCUGAAAGCAAGACCCGUGCCAGACGAGCGUCCCGGAAUCGAAUUCCGAGUCCCGAGUCCCGACUUCUUCCCUUCAUCCUGA